CUAAGAGCCGUUGCUAUGGAAAUAACAUUUUGCUUGACAAUUUGUCAGAGAGAAUUUUAGAAUCACUACGUUUUAAUUUGAUUACUGCCACGAUAACCGUGACUUCUCAAAAAGUCAAAUAGGUAUUUUGCAACAAAAACAAACGGAAAUGGGAGAACGGGCACCGGUAUCUGCAGAAGAGACGUUAGUCCGUUACGACAACCCAGUGUUGGUGACUAAAAGACAGGAAAAAGUUCCUUCCCCGAGAGCUGGCGCUUCAACACAACCGUGCGUACCCACCGAAGCAAAGAAAGAAACUGAAGAGAUCUUAAAUGCUAUUUUACCCCCGAAAGAAUGGGAGGAAGAUGGACAAAUAUGGACACAAAAGAUUUCUUCUACUCCGGCGACCCGUUUGGACGUGAUAAACCUGCAAGAAAUGCUCGAUACUCGUCUGCAGCAGAGACAAGCCAGAGAAACCGGUAUAUGUCCAGUUCGAAGACAAUUGUACACCCAAUGUUUUGAUGAACUUAUCAGACAGGUAACGAUAAACUGUGGGGAAAGAGGACUACUUCUGCUGAGGGUGCGGGAUGAGGCACGAAUCACUAUGGAAGCUUACCAGACCUUAUAUUGCAGUUCUAUCGCGUUCGGUAUGAGAAAAGCUCUACAGUCGGAACAAGGGAAAUCAGAUCUCAUGGACCAAGUGGCUAAGUUAGAAGCGGAACGGUCGACCUUGGAGAAGCAAUGUAUGGAGUUAAAGCAGAAAACGGAACAGUUGGAGAGACGGGCCGCGGAACUUAGGGCCGCUGAAGAGAAACGACAUCAAGAGGAAUUGUUAGCUUUGAAGAAAACUAACGCUCAGUUGAAAGCGCAACUGGAAGGAAUUAUAGCACCCAAGAAGUAACUACCCGUCAAAAAUUAAACUGUUAAUAGUUUUAAUACUUUUAAGUUCUUUUAUUAAUAAUUAAUGAAAUGUAAAUUUUAUCAUACGUUACAUGUUUGUUGAUAGUAAAAUGUUAAACGAUAAAUGAUGAAUUCGAAAUAAAAUGAAAA